GAAGACGGCACCGGAAGUGUCGUCGGGGUGAGUUAGAAUUGUUGACAAAUCCAGCUAGCCUCAGCUGAGUGGAAUAGAAUCGCUACAGCUAAGAUUGGAGUCAACAAUGACUUCUCCGGAGGAAAAACACGGGACAAAACGACCCGCAUCUCCCACGGAUGAUGGCUCUACUCAGUGGGAAUCUGCAGAUCUGGGGAGCAACGAGAGGAAGCAAAAGUUCUUACGGUUAAUGGGCGCCACUAAGAAGGAACACACGGGUCGUCUUGUCAUCGGCGACCACAGGUCGACGUCCCACUUCCGUUCCGGGCAGGAAGAUAGGCGGAUGAACGAGGAGCUGGAGAUGCAGUACCAGCAGAGCAUGGACGGAAAACUGUCAGGCCGUGACCGGAGACACUGCGGGCUGGGUUUCAGCGAGCCAAACCCGCCGCCAGAGCCGGUCGUCUCCCCGCCUGUGGAUGGUCAGACAGAAGAGGCUGAAUCGGAGAAGUCCCCCAGUGAAAACCAGCACACAGAAGCUCAGGAUAAAGAUUCCAGCCCAAAGGAGGAAACGCCUGAAGAGGCCGAGCCCGGCUCAGACGGCCAUACUGACGGACGGAAACCAAACUUCAAAAUGGCCUUUGUCAAACCGUUGUAGGAUGAGGGAGGAGUUAGCUUUUCUAUUCUCAUAUUGGGACAGUUUGAUGCUUUUUGUUUGACUUAAGGAAAUCACUCGUCAUUUCUAUCAUUUUUACCAUGUAGAGAUGGGAUGCGUCCUGGCGUGCAUGUUCUGGAAGAGUUUCACCUAAAAGCUUAAAAACAGGUCUUUUUUUUAUGUUGUAGUGUGAAAUAAUGCAAUGGAUGGCAAAUGAACUUGUUUUUAUUUCACUUAAACAUUUUAACUGUCCUGUAUCUGCCUUGAAAUAUACUGAAUGAAACAAGAUUAUUUGCCAUUAAAUGUGCUUUGUGUAGGUAUGACCUUUUGUAAUUUUCCUUUUUGGUUUUAGAACAGUAAGGGAUAAAGUUGAAGAAAUAUAAAGACAGUUGCUUUUAGAUGAAGCAGUUUUUAUAUAUCGUGCAUCUUUGAUAGGUGUGUCGUCUGCUGCUCUCAAACACAAACUAUGUGGACAACUUUCACCUGAGAGAAUCGGAGAAUCUAAUCUUGUUUUUAUAUGUGAGCUAGUAUAAAUAUCUUUUUUGUGAAUAUAUUUUGGGGUUUUGGCAAACCAAAGCACCAGUUACGUUG